UAGGAAUCAAUUUUCACAACAGUAUUGUUCACUUAGCUCAGAUGAUUACAGUGAGGGUGAAAUGACGCCUGUGGUGUCUUUCACCGGCUUUUUGGCGGCGUUUGCAUGGCUUUCACUAAGCAACGCUCUUUAUUUCCAUAUUGGUGAAACAGAGAAAAAAUGUUUUAUAGAAGAAAUACCGGAUGAAACCAUGGUUAUAGGGAAAUACAGGACACAAUUAUGGGACAAGCAAACUGGGUCAUUCCUGCCUUCCACCCCAGGGCUUGGGAUGCAUGUGGAGAUCAAGGAUCCAGAAACAAAGAUCAUCCUCUCUCGUCAAUACGGCUCUGAAGGUCGGUUCACUUUUACCUCCCACACUCCUGGAGAGCACCAGAUCUGCCUACACUCCAACUCCUCCAAGAUGGCUCUGUUUGCAGGUGGCAAAUUGAGAGUUCAUUUGGACAUUCAAGUGGGUGAACACACCAACAACUACCCAGAGAUUGCAGCCAAGGACAAGCUGACUGAACUGCAGUUACGAGUUAGGCAGCUUCUUGAUCAGAUUGAGCAGAUCCAGAAAGAGCAAAAUUAUCAGAGGUAUCGCGAGGAGCGUUUCCGCAUGACGAGCGAGAGCACGAACCAGCGCGUCCUGUGGUGGUCUAUCGCCCAGACUCUCAUACUCAUCGUCACAGGCAUCUGGCAGAUGAGGCACUUGAAGAGUUUCUUUGAGGCCAAGAAGCUAGUGUAAAAUAAACCACCCAGAACUGAUGUGUGUACAAGUUUACAAAUGAAGACAUUCUCACUCGUGUACACCCCCCCCCCCCCCCCCCCCCCCUCCCUCACCAAACACACAUGCAUAUAUACACAGAGGUCAGCCAAACUAAUCAUUCUUCACAUACUCAUAUAAGUAGACACCUACACAAUUAGUUAAAUAUCCACAAUGUAUUUCUCUCCAUAUGUGUAGUACUUAGUCUUAAUACAAUCGGCUUACUAACUUUUGGCCAUUUGGAAGGCAUCAGGUUUAUACCAUCACAUAAGAGUCACUGCUUCUGCUAAAGCAGUUGAUUGAAUUAAAUGAUUAGUCAAAAAAUCAUGUUCACACUUCCAUUACUUUGCAAAACCCAGAAAAAGACAAAGAAUGAAGGAAAUCAAUACUAUAUCAAGGUGAAAUAUAUGGCCUUGAUAUAUGUUUUUUUUUUUUUUCUUUUGCUGGAUCCAUGUGUAUAUAUUGAUUUCAUAAAUGUCCCUUGUCUACUUCUGAAAGAAUUGUCGUUGUCAAAUAUGAUCUGACUUGUUUUAUUUAUUUCCCUAAGUAUAAAGUAUUGGCAACAUGUCAUAACCCAGUCCUAUUUUUGGUCGCGUUGACAGUUUCAGGAACCUUUCCAUUUGUUGUUUAAAACAUAGGUAGAUUUAUGUUUCAUAUAGAAGUGUACUUACUGGCUAUACAUGUGAUGGCCCAUGUGUAUAUUCUACAUGUGUUUUUAUCAGUAAUGCAGCUAUUUAGAAAGCAACCUCACAAAAUCGAUUCAGUUGUGACACAUCAGGUGUGUGUGUGUGUGUGUGUUUGUUUGUUUGUGCAAGUUAAAGCACCGUGGUUGGAUCAGCAUUUUCCUUGCAUUGCCGUUCAGCACAUUCCUGAAUACACCACAUAGAUGUACUUGAUAACUGAAAAGCUGAAUGGCUUAAUGUACAAGAACAGCUUCUAAGAGUCAGUGAGUGUCAUGCUAUGUGAAAACAGUACACUAAUCAUAAGCAUUUAAGAAUUUAGUUAGCAUGUCCAUUUUAAAAAAGAUGUUAGACUCAAGGUAGAUAUGACUUUCUGUUACAUAGUAUAAUUCAGUCUUGUCUGUGGGAGACUAAGCUUAAGGUUUCAUUUCAUGGAAUCACAUUAAUCUUGACCCCAUGAUUUUGGCCAUUGACAUUUAAAAUUGACAGUUAUAAUUGCAGAAUGAAAGAUUUCAUGUGCUCGAUUUUGUUUUCGUACAAACUAUAAAAAUGUGUGUUUAUUUAUAAAUGUCAACAUGCCUCUCUUAAUAUGCUGAUAAUAAAUAGCUCAAACUUUACCUGA